UUUAUAUAAAUGCAAAUGAAAUGAACGCGCAUUUUAAAGGUAGUUGUAACUUGCCUUGCCUUCUCUUUUCACAACCAGACGAUCUUAUCCCAUUAUGUCUUCGUUUCUCAUUGUUUUUGUUAUUGUUUUGAGGAAAUAACAACAAAUAAUAAAUUAUAACAACAACUAAUUAUAAUCAAAUUCUGUUUGUCCGCCUCCUAUGGUGAGUGAUUGGAGAGACCAUGGCUACAGACUCUCCCCGUCGACCCAGCCGCUGUACAGGUGGAGUUACGGUGCGAGCACAGGCUGCCACAGAGCAUUCCUAUAUGGAGAGUGUUGUUACAUUUCUGCAGGAUGUUGUUCCACAGGGUUACAUUAGUGCAGUGCCCACAGAUGAAAAGGAAAAAAUUGUAUGGGUCAGGUUUGAAAAAGCAGAUAUUAAUGACGUGGCCAGGUCCCCUGAAUUCCGUGAAAUGCCCAGUACUGGCAGCGACCCUCCAGUGCUGCUAAUGAUGGGUUACUCUGACGGGAUGCAGGUCUGGAGUGUAUCUAUUAGUGGAGAAGCACAGGAGCUCUUCUCUGUACGCAAUGGACCAGUUCGAGCAGCGCGAAUUCUACCAGCACCGCACAUAAGUCCUUUGAAAGUUGACAGUUUUGUAGAGAAGAGAGCCCUGCUUGGUGUGUGCAAAAGUACAGGCUCUUCAGGCACCAGCCCUCCUUACUGCUGCGCGGAUCUGUAUUCACUGCGAACAGGAGAGAUGGUGAAGUCCAUUCAGUUCAAAACGCCGAUCUAUGAUCUGCACUGCAACAAACAGAUCCUCGUUGUUGUUCUUCAAGAAAAGAUAGCUGCGUUUGAUAGCUGCACUUUCACAAAGAAAUUCUUUGUCACAAGUUGCUACCCAUGUCCUGGGCCUAACUUGAACCCAAUUGCCCUGGGAAGUCGCUGGCUUGCCUAUGCUGAGAAUAAGCUGAUCCGGAGCCACCAGUCUCGAGGAGGGGCCUGUGGAGACAAUGCCCAGUCUUACACUGCCACGGUCAUUAGUGCUGCCAAAACGCUGAAGUCGGGGCUCACCAUGGUGGGGAAGGUGGUGACCCAGCUGGCCAGCACUCAGCCUGCAGGAGCCGCAGACGAGGAGGUGACCCCACACAGCUCAGCCCGCCGCAGCCCACACGCUCCCGGCAUCGUCACCAUCAUCGACACCCAGAGCGUGGGGGAAGGACAGGUAGUUCUUGUCAGCGAAGACUCGGACGGGGAGGGGCUUGUGGCUCAUUUCCCUGCUCAUGAUAAACCAAUCUCCUGCAUGGCUUUUAAUGAGAGUGGAAUGUUGCUUGUUACUGCUGACACACUAGGCCACGAUUUCCACGUUUUUCAAGUUCUGACUCACCCGUGGUCCUCGUCGCAGAGUGCCGUGCAUCAUCUGUACACCCUCCACAGAGGGGAGACGGAGGCCAAGGUCCAGGAUAUCUGCUUCAGCCCUGACUGCAGGUGGGUGGUGAUCAGCACACUGCGGGGCACGUCGCACGUCUUUCCCAUUAACCCCUAUGGAGGGCAGCCAUGUGUGCGGACUCACAUGUCUCCCCGCGUCGUCAACCGGAUGAGCCGCUUCCAGAAAAGUGCUGGUUUAGAAGAGAUUGAACAGGAGCUCACCUCGAAGCAAGGCGGCCGCUGCAGUCCGGUUCCUGGCUUGUCGGGCAGCCCUUCGGGAUCCCCGCUUCAUGCGAAGUUAAGCAGCCAGGACACCAACAACAGCAUGGGCAACCCGCGGCUGUCUCCCCUGCCCAGUCUCACCGUAGUGGUGCCGCUGGCCCAGAUCAAGCAACCCAUGACACUGGGCACCAUCACCAAACGCACAGGACCCUACCUCUUUGGGGCAGGAUGUUUUUCCAUUAAAACUCCGUGCAAAGCCAAACCAGCCCCACAGAUUUCACCCAGCAAGUCGACUGGAGGGGAGUUCUGUGUCGCUGCCAUCUUUGCAUCCUCGAGGUCCUGGUUCAUAACGAACCCAAACAUGAAGCGAGAGAAAGAUCAGUCCAGGCAGCCUGUGGUGGACUCCCUCUAUAUUCUCAGUUGCUACGGUAACCUGGUGGAACAUGUGUUGGAGCCCCGCCCAAUCAACACCGCGCAGAAGAUCAGCGAUGACACGCCUCUGGAGCUCGUCACCUGUCCUCGAGCCAGCUGGACACUCGGCAGAACACCACAAUGGAAUGAACUUCAACCACCGUUUAACACAAACCACCCAUUGCUCCUGGCUUCAGACGCUGUGCAGUACUAUCAGUACCUUCUGUCUGGCUUGGUGCCCCCUGGAAGCCCUGGACCAAUCACCCGACACAAGUCCUACAACAGCCUGGCGUCUGAGCACAGCGGGCAGGAAGAUGAGGAGUGGCUUUCUCAGGUUGAAAUCGUGACCCAUACUGGACCACACAGACGCCUGUGGAUGGGCCCGCAGUUUCAGUUCAAGACGAUUCACCCGUCUGGCCAGACCACAGUGAUUUCCUCCAGCUCCUCUGUGCUGCAGUCUCAGGGACCCAGCGACACCCAGCAGCCACUGCUGGACUUUGACACCGACGAUCUGGACCUACACAGUCUCCGGAUCCAGCCUGUCCGCUCGGAGCCUGUCAGUAUGCCCGUCUCCUCAAGGAUAGUUGCAGAUCCCAGAGGGCAGUCCCCCAUGAUCGAUGCCGGAUCAGGAACCUUUGACCGCAGCGUGACUUUGCUGGAGGUGUGCGGCAGCUGGCCGGAGAGCUUCGGGCUGCGUCACAUGUCGUCCAUCGACAGCACGGAGGAAGGACUCCGCGAGAGGCUGGCAGACGCCAUGUCGGAGUCCCCUAGCAGGGACAUUGUCUGCUCCGGGACAGAGCUGCAGCGGGAGGGAAGCAUCGAGACGCUCAGCAACAGCUCCGGUUCCACCAGCGGAAGCAUUCCUCGCAAUUCUGAGGGAUACCACUCGCCUUACCCCACCAAUGAGAGCCAGCCCCUCAGCCUGUACCCCACAGGAUUCCCUUAAAUGAGCGUGCUAACAAGGAAACUGCCAUGUGACUAAUGGAAAAUUCCUCCAGCUCCACAAUCCUGACAUGUAACUGUAACCACCCUCAGCGGCCCACCAGUCGCUCAGUUAGGCGUGUGACACUGUGGACCGCUUAGUGAGGAUGAUCACAGGAUUACAUGUUUACCAUUGGUCCACUUAAACCUUGCCAGGGUUUUUCUUCUGGUUUGAUUGUUAGGAGCUUGUGUCAUGUACAGUAAAAUGAAAUUUAAAAAAACACAGCUAGGAUAUUUAAUAGAAGACCUAACCCAAUUAACUGCAUUGCUUAUUUAGUUUUUUUUUUGUUGUUUUUUUUUUUUAAAGAUGUAAUGGCUCAGUGCUAGCUGGCUUUAGUUAGGCUCACCUUAAAUUUAAUUGCAUUUUAUUUGAAAUCUGAAUAUAAUGGGCUCUUUGUAUAAAGGAAAUGGCUGGAUUGGUUGGAAGAGCUCUGACUGGUGCGAUUCUUUCAGUCGGAGGGGCGUGAGGAUUGUCCAGUUAUCAUUGAAUCGUUGAAAGAUGCUGCCCUCUCGGGACUGUGGGAGCAGCAUUCCUACUCACAGCUCAUAUCUUCCCACUUUCACUCCAUCAAAGUCUCAAGUCAGAGUUUGUUGGACACGCUUUUAAUUAUUAGCAUUAAAUAAAGAAAAACGGGCUUGGUGUAGUGUCACAUGUUGUGUCCUUAUUCCAGGUGCAGUAGUCUUUACUAGUUGUUACUGUACCCGUCAGAAUGUGUAGCCUGUAACAUUAAGAUGCAGGCUGGUGGAUGGCAUUGACCUGGGUAUAAAGAAGCACCCCGGGUGCCAUGCUCUGCCUGCGUUCGCAUCAUGGCUGCUUGCAUUUCUGGAGUCAGAAGAUUGUGAAACUGGCAGGUGUUUGGAUAGCUCACGUUUUCAGACCACGUCAGAACGUCCCCUCGGAAGUCUAGUACUUGGUUGAAGCAGCUAGUACACAAUGCUUGCUAUUUCCUGCUCUAAUAUUUCUCUAGGAUUCCGAACCAACACUCGUCAUAUUACAGCUUUUAAGAGCCGUGCAUUUCCAACAGGGAAAGUAAAUCACACCUUCCAGGACUCUGCAGAGGGAGACGAUUCAAAUAGGAAUGGAACAUGUGUAUUUUAAGAGCAGCAGCAGUGUGAGGCUGCACACCUGUCUGGUACAAUACAAUGGGUCUGCAUUUAUUCAGCUUCACUGGAGGGAUUGUGAUGCAGCUUAUUGAUCAUUAUGAAAAGGACAGUAUUUUUUAUUU